CUGGAGAGAGAGGGUGAUGCUGUUCUCCUUUCACUGGGAAUGUAUUGACUGAGGAUCCAACUCUCAGCCUUCCAGCUGGACCCUGCUGUUGCACAUCUCACUGUGUGGGGUUUAAACAAGGACACAAACACACCUGACGGCUGAGGAGAGCCACAGGACCAAGUUGUAAUUUUUGACAGGAAAUCUUCCAUUCAGCAGCUGAUCUAGAUUUUCCUCGUUGUUGUCAUACUGACCAGUCUCCUAAUAAAACCAUGAGGGUCUUCCUCCUGCUUUGCCUACUGAUGCUGGGCAAUGCCAAACCCUACCAGCCAAUCAACGUCAUGGACUUCAUGAAAAACUAUGACAUCAUGAUGGCAGACUCAAGUGAUGAUGACGAUGAUGAUAACGAUGACAACGAUGACAACGAUGACAACGAUGAUGAUGAUGAUUAUGAUGAUGAUAACUGUCCAGCUGGUUGCCAUUGCUCACCCAGAGCAGUGCAGUGCUCUGACCAGGGUCAAAUCUCUGUUCCAGAAAAGAUCCCUGAAGACACUGUGAUUCUUGACCUACAGAACAAUGAUAUUACUGAGAUCAAGGAAGAUGACUUCAAAGGCCUCAACAAGCUCCAUGGACUGUUUUUGAUCAACAAUAAGAUCUCUAAGAUUCACCCGAAGGCCUUCAAAAACAUGGACAAUCUGAAACUGCUGUACCUCUCUUACAACCUACUGACUGAGAUCCCUGAAAACCUGCCUCCCAACGUCGUCGAGCUUCGCUUUCAUGAAAACAAGAUCAACAGAAUCCAGAAGGAUGCAUUCAAAGGUCUGAGGAAACUCCAUGUGCUGGAGCUGGGUGCCAACCCGCUUGCCAACAGUGGGAUUGAGCUUGGAGCAUUUAAUGGUUUGUCGAGCCUGUACAUUGGCAUGGCAGAGGCCAAACUUACUGCUGUACCAAAAGACCUCCCAACAUCCAUCACACAGCUGAGCCUGGACUACAACAAGAUAGUCAAGGUGGAGGUAGAAGACUUCAUCAGAUACAAAAACCUGCAAUGGCUCGGGCUUGGUUUUAACCAGAUAAAAUUUGUUGAAAAUGGCAGCUUAGCCAGCAUUCCAAGCAUCCGUGAAAUCCACUUGGACAACAACCGUCUGAGAAAGGUCCCACCAGGCCUCAGCUCCCUGCGCUACCUCCAGGUGAUUUACCUCCAUGGAAACAAAAUCAGCAGUGUGGGAAUCAACGACUUUUGUCCCAUUAGUUUCAGUGUCAAGAAGAACCUAUUUACAGGCAUCAGUCUGUUUGCCAACCCAGUUAAAUACUGGGACAUUCAGCCAGCCACCUUCCGAUGUGUGACUGGAAGGAGGGGGGUUCAGCUAGGAAACUUCAGAAAGUAGAAGUAGGAAUUAGAAACAAAGCAAGAAAGGAGCUGGAUACAAUUCAGAGUGCGUACGCAACAUAAAACUGUCUUCCUUAAAAAUAAGCUCUAAAAUAAAUUAGGAAACUGCCAGAAACUUUAGUAUAUAUAGAUGGAUGGUACAAUUUAUAAAGAAAUGUUUUCAGGCAAGAGACAAAAAAUAAAUCAAAAUCAAAAUCAAACUCUGAUCUUGAUAUUUAAGCAGACAUUAUUGCAGGGUGGAAAAAACAAACAUAAAGGCUAUGCAUUAUGAUUAAAAUCAACACCAGACCCCUGCCAAUCUUUGUGAGAUACAUUCUGUAUGUGGAUCAACUUUUGUUCCUCACUGUUUCCCAGUAAUAAAGCACCACCCUGUGGUCGCUUUUGGAGCAAAACCACCCAAUGACUUGCAAUACUGUACCUUUAAUGAGAUACAAUUCAAAAAUACCUUUGCAACAGUUCUAAACAACAAAAGGAACUAUGGUUUUCAUAUUUAAACAUAUUUGUGAGGACCAUACUAGACCCCAAAACAACUUGAACUUAAGUUAGCAGAGUUAAUUAAUUAAUAAUGCUGGUAUUACUUAGUGCAAUAAAUCACUGAAGUUUGUCUUGAUGUGGGUAUUUUAUAUUAUCUCACUGCAUGUCUGUAUUGUCUUUAUUUAGAAGCUGAGAGCUUCAUGUUGGACUGGAUGAUACAUUGGCCUUGAUUUACACCCAAAGACUCACUUUGUUUUUAAGGAACUAUAGCAACCAAGUUAUUAUUGAAAUUGUUAGAAGGGAAUGUAAUUCCCAGCAUGGAAAGUCAGAGAGUAUAUGUCUAACAAACAUGUUUCCUGAAGAUAUCUCUCAUCUAAAUGGUGCUAUAUUUAUUAAGUGUGUCUUUAAUAAAAACCUGGAACACCUA